ACCCAAAACUUCUAUUUACGGAAAUUCGACGUACAGUAAUAUUUCCACUUCCAUUCCAUUUUCAUUUCCAUUUCCAUUUCCAUUUCAAUUGCUGCCCAUUUGCUUCCAUUCAUAAUUUAUAUAUUAACCUUCCCAACUUUUCUCUUGCUUGUUCAGUACUAUUUCAAAUUAUCAGGUACACACAGUACUUAGUAGAGAAUCACAUCUAAACUAUAAUUCGCACGUUGAGUUCCGAUCCGGUCAAUCGGGGAUCUAAAAAAAAAAAAUUAGGAACACCGAUAAAGCUUAAAAAGUAUUUCACAGCUAAAGUUGUAGGGUGUAAAAGCAGAACAGAUUAGGCCACACGCCAGGUAAUAGUAUAGAACAAUCAGGAAGUGAAUGUAUGUACGCAUGAGAUUUACCUUGAAAAGAUUGGUGACGUUAGGAGUUCUCCUUGUGGUGGGGAGUGGAAUAUUCUUUCUACUUAAUGCCAGUUCCGGAAGUCUAACUCAACUCUAUCAAGAUAUAUUCAUAUUCGAACAAUUUGAUUACAAUAGUUUUAAACAAUCUGAUUAUAUCAUACGUCAACAGUUACAUUACUCCAACUAUUUAUAUUCCGGAUAUAAUGAAUUUGUUAAAAAGUAUGGAUCAACAAAUAAGAUUGCCAAGAUUCCGUUGGAACACAAAUGUCAAACGUUAUUCGAACAAUUCGAUGCGCAAUAUCCCGAAUGGAUGUUUCCGAGAUUUGAGAACCCCUUAGAUCAAUUUGAUAAAAGUAUUACUGAUAAGUUACUGUUUUUUUCUAAAAGUAAGAGUGUCAUACUUAAACAAGAAAGAGAUCGAGAGAUUCAAAUCCGAUAUGAGGAACAAAAACGACAACUCGAACAAGAGAUGGCCAAUGCUAAUGAUAACGAUAAGACUAAUGACAAUAAUGACAAAAGUAACAAUAAAGAUAAGAACAAUAAGGACAUUAAACCCACUCCUAACCAGGAAGACAAGCCUCCUCGAGAAUUUAGUUAUCGAGAAAACAUCACCAUAAAUAAUCAAUUCAAACAAAAAAUACUAAGAUCUAAAGAGAUUGAACAGUCAAUGGCCGAUACAGUCACCCUCCUCAGAUUAUACAAUAAAUGUUACUUGGAAAAUCGAGACACUAGAAGCAAGAAUGCUAAGAAUGAAGAAUUGUUCAAUAAAUUCUCUCAUAAAUUCUUUAGUUACUUCACCAAGAAUUUACCUACUUUUGAAUUUCCAGCAGGUAAGGAUCUUCCUACUAAUGAAUUUCCUAUACUUAAUCAAACCAAUGGAUUUCAACAACAAACCAUAAAAUUUGAUAGUGAGAAGCAGAAUAUGAUAGACUUUCUUCAUGAAAAUAGUAAUGGUAGAGGAAUUGUAAUCUCAGCUGCCACUAGACAUGCUAAGGAUAUUAUACGAUUAAUCCGACUUUUAAGAGCCAUGAACAAUAGAUUACCUAUUCAGAUUAUAUAUAAGGGAGAUAUUAAUAGAAAAUCUAAAGAAUUAAUUGUUCAAGUGGCUCAUGCCGAUAUUGAAACAUUAUUAGAUAAAUCUUCAACAAAAGAACAUGAAUUGUAUAUGCCUGAAUUAGACCUCUUGGAACUGUAUAAACAAUAUGGAUCUGAAUUCCCUAAGCAAGAGAUAUGGUUUGUUAACUUAUCAAAUACUUUUGAAAAGGGAUUUAAAUAUGCAUUUCCAGGAUAUUCCAAUAAAAUCCUUGCCUUAUUGUUUAGUUCAUUUAAAGAAAUUAUUAUGUUUGAUGCCGAUACCAUUCCUUUAGUACCAUUAACGGAAUUCUUUGAUUCUCCAAAAUAUCAAUCGUCUGGAACGUAUUUCUUUAGAGAUCGAAGUUUAAGAGAUACUAAUGAUUAUAUUGAAACCAAUUACUUUUCUAAAUUAUUUCAUACCAAUGAGAAAUCCAUAGAUUCAUUCUUUGAUAUUCCUCGAAUUACCUCUAAAACUAUGGAAAAUGCUUAUAUGACAGGUUAUAGACAUCAUCAAGAAGCUGGAGUAGUUGUCAUUGAUAAAGUUCGACAUUUUGGAGGAGUAUUAAUGGGGUUACCAUUAUCAUUAUGGAAAGAACCAGUUAAAUCAUCAAUUUGGGGUGAAAAGGAAAUGUAUUGGUUAGGUAUGGCUAUGGCAGGAGAUGAGAAUUAUGAAUUUAAUGAUUAUGGAGCAGCCAGUAUAGGAGAGUUAACACCAGAAAAGUUUAAAUACUAUCCCAAUUCAAAAGCCAAUGAGAUUUGUUCUUCCCAUCCUGGUCAUGUAGAUGGUGAUGGCCGAUUAUUAUGGUUAAAUUCUGGAUUUGGAUAUUGUAAAAAGAAUGGUUAUUAUAGAGAUCGAGUUAAACAUCCAUUUUCAUUAAUGAAAACUGAAGAAUUGGAUAUAUUAUUUAGAUCUCCGGUGAAAAUUAGAGCCGCUAUUGUACCACCGGAACUUCCAUAUUUUAGGCUUCCUGGUUCUCCACCAGAUACUAGUAGAGAAAAAGAAUUAGUUAAUAAAUGGGGCACUAGAAGAAGAGAUACUGAUGAAAUAACUCUUCGAGCUGUUAAAGCGGGGGAAUUUCCUGAUAUGACUAUCCCUUGGGAACCUCAAAAGGGUUGGGUUAAAAGUUCUAUUUGUAAUGGAUAUCAAUAUUGUGCAUAUGAUAGUAUACAAAGUUAUAAUGAUACUAGUAGUACAGAAGAUUUAACAUUUGAUAGAGGUUAUACAUUUGAAUUCCUGGAUCUGGAUAUUAAGAUGUAUGAUUAUUUAGGAAAAGUCUGGAUAACUUCAUCUAAGAAUGCUCUUGACCCUGACAUCCUGUUGGCUCAGAAGCAAGAAACACCUCCUACUCCACAACAACAAAAGGAUACAAAGGCCAAGAUAGAACAGAUUAGAAAAGAUAAUAAUUUGCCAUCUCCAAAGGAUGCAGAGGUUAAGGUAAAGGAAGAGGUGGAGCAGCAAAAGGUUUUGGAUGGAGGUGAACAAGUAGACUCGUCAAACACAAAGAAUGGAGAUAAGCUGUCGUGAAUAGGACUACAUAGAGCAUAGUAUAUAUCAUAUAGUAUAUAUCAUAUAGUAUAUAU